CCCCCCUCGGACCAUGUUGGAGAAGAGGGCCAGUAUGAUCAAUGAGAGCGCGGACUGCGCGUGGGAGCCGCUGUCCCGGCGGGAGAGAGUGCCUUGCGACCGCUUCAAACACGCCGCCGCCGUUCACAACGGCUUCCUGUACAUCCACGGCGGGCGGCAGGACUCCGUCCUCGGCGACUUCUGGAGGUACAACAUAGCCCUGGACCAAUGGGAGCAGCUCCCAGGCGGCCGGCAGGCUCCAGAGAAGCUGGAAGGACAUUCUAUGGUGGCCAAUCAGGAUGUCCUCUAUGUGUUCGGUGGAAUGAUGGAUUUUGCAGCCAACAGAGAGAACACCCCACUAUGGAUGUACACUUUGGACGGCAGGAAGUGGUAUGAAUUCCGGUCUCCCAGCAUUCAGGAGAGCCGGCCGUGCAACAGGAAGGGGCACAGCGCCGUGGUGUACCGGGCCGCCAUGUUCAUCUACGGGGGAUAUUUCGAUAUCGAGGGCGCUGUGGAGGAGUUCUGGGUGUUUUAUUUUGACACCAAGAAAUGGUCAGCGCUCAGCCCGCGCACACGGGGCCUCGGUCCAGGACCUCGCCAUGGCCACUCCAGUGCCACACAUAACUCUGCAAUGUACCUGUUCGGGGGAUUAAAGAAUAUGGCUGAACAAAACGACUUCUGGAGGUUUGACUUCCGCCGACACAACUGGUCCAAUAUCAAAACCAGCUCCGGUCCCCCCAAGCUGGUCGGCCAUGCCACAGCUGUCCACCAGGGCUGCCUAUGGGUCAUGGGUGGAGGACUACCAUCUCGCAGCCCCACCAGUAAUUUAUGGAAAUACGACUUCGCCUCCCGCUCCUGGAAGAGGUUUUCCCGCGGAAAGGAACGCAAUGACUGUGCCAGGAUGUACCACUGUGUGGUCCCGUUGGAUUGGCGCUCCAGGCCGAGAUCGGGAAGCUCCGAUUCUGGACUCGACAAGAGCUCAGAAGGCGAAGAACCCGACAAACUCCUUUCGUUUCACUCUUGGGGUGCCAAUAAAGUGUCCACCAUUCCUACCUCGGAUAAUAUAGAGAUGAAGCCUCUUACAGAUCGCUCGUCAUCCAGCCCUUUGUUCUGCUCCUGUUCAUCGUCCGCCGAUCACCCCGAGGAGCGCCAUCUCCUCACCACCUACGAGAAUGAAUGCUUCUCCUACUCUGGGGAGGAAACGGGUCCGGAUUAUUGCCAGACGGGCUCAGAGGGGCAGACUCUGCCAGGGAAGGAGAACGUUUUCCUGGUCAUUGGUGGGAAGCCUUUAUCGAGACACUGCGAGAUCUCUGUAUCACAUAUCCAACUGGAAUAGCAGCGCCCCUCCUCCCCCCCCCCCGAAGCCCGCAUCCUCCGGCUGGAUGUUCUGGCUGGGAGGACAUGCUGGGACCUGUAGCUGGACAGAAUGCAAAAAAGUUUUUAAAGCCACAAGUAUCUCCCUUUUUUUUUUUUUUUGCUGUUACAAUGCAUCUUAACUGCACUCAUCACUCCAAUUCUCAGUGCUACAUUGUAUCUUUUAUUUUAUUUAUUUUUUU